AUGCCUGAGAAAAGCCAGAAGCAGUACACGCGUCGCCAGUCCCGCUCCAUUGGAGCGUUGCUGGGCCUUCAUGCCGGCGAUUCCCUGGGCGCAACUCUCGAGUUCCAGAGUCAUAGCCAGAUCGCCAAGUCCUAUCCCAAGGGCCUCUGGGAUAUCAUCGGUGGAGGUCAUUUCAACUGGUCCCCUGGCCAUGCAACCGACGACACCGACAUGACCCGCUGUGUCCUCCUGGCAUACCGAGACUUGGCUCGCAAGGGAAAGCACUUCACCACUGACCAGGUCAGACGGCGUGCUGGAGACUAUUUCGUCGACUGGUACGAGGGAAACUGGCCAGGCCGCAACCCACCAGGGACCCGGCCCAAGGAUAUCGGCAACAUGACGGCGAUUGGAAUCACCAGCUUCCGUGCGAACCCCGAGGCUCCAGUGGCGACUGGACAGAACUCUGCCGGCAACGGCUCUCUCAUGCGCUGCAUUCCCACGGCCAUCUUCCAGCCGGACCUCACUCGUCUCCUUCACGAGAGCCAGGCCAUCAGCGCCAUCACGCACGCCGACAAGCGUUGCACCAUUGCCUGUGCCGCUUACAACGCAUGUGCCGCCGCCCUCAUCGGCGGGGCCGGCCCUACCUACGCCGUCAACGCUGCUGAGGCGGCGGCAGUCCAGCUCGAGGGAGGUGAGACGGGCGGAGACGUGGCGAGGGCCAUCCGCCUUGGGAGGAAGCUCGACAUUGCGAGGGCGGCCAAGUACGGGCCGCACAAGGACUUCUUCCCCGGGGCCUGUUCGGGGUAUGUUCUGGAGACUCUGACCAUCGCCAUUGCCGCCGUGCUGGAUUACAGGACUCUGGAGCAGGUCUUGGUGGAUGUUGUUCGCAUCGGCAAGGACACGGAUACGAAUGGUGCUGUUGCUGGCGGGUUGCUUGGGGCGAGGGACGGGAAGGAUGCUAUUCCUCGAAGAUGGUGGGAGCGCUUGCAGUUUGCUGAUGAGUUUAAGAGAACUACUUUGGAGAUUCUAGAGCUAGGGAUCCCGACUGCGGCUGAUAAGGAGUUCCAUCACAUCAAAUAG